AUGAGAGCAAAUGAUACUCGUGGCUUGAGCAGCCCAUGCUCUACUGACGGGAUAACAUCUCCCAAUGGAUCACCGGAUACCAGAAUCACAGCUUUUUCACCCGAAGAUGUACGGUCAAAAGCUCGUCCCGAAUCCAGUGCUAGUGGCGCAUUGAACGACCCUGGACUCCGGAAGAUCUAUUCAGUGGCUACUGCUGAUCCAUUUCUGGUGUCAACUGGCUCCGCUAGCCGAAUGCAACUCUCCCCAACUGCUGCGAGCUUUACGCCCACAGCGGCAUCAGACACGGCGGAUAGUGAUAGUCAAGCUCGAUUCGUUGCAAGUGCAUUUGUCGCCGGCGCUGAAAGAGCCCACACGAGUUUCAUUGAUCAGACCGUGUCUGACCACGAGACUUUCGGUCCUGCCCAGAAUACUAGGAAGAAUAACCAAUCCGGUAUUAUGCUCGAUAGAUUUGAUGCCGAAAGACGUAGUCGCGCUCUCGUCAUUGAGAAUGUGUCCACAAAUCUAACUUAUAUGGCACUGGCCGGAUUCUUUAAUCGCCGUGAAUUCACAACAUUGAAAGGGCCUGUUCUCACAGAGCUGAGCUCCAUGGGGAAGGUAUACGUCGCAUUCACAGACAGUCGAGAGGCGAAGAAAGCCUUAGAGAAGAUAUACCUCCUUCGACCAGACUGGCGUGUGUUUCCCCUUACAGCUAGGGAAUAUGUGCAGCACCUGGAGCCGUCCCAUCUCCCUCAAACCUCGGACUAUGAAGGCCAAUUGCUCAUCACGGUUUACUAUGAUAGCCGGAAUCCCAGUCUAAACCAACAGAGCGUGGCUCGCUCCAUCGAGACACUCGCAGAGACAUUUGGCGAUAUCAAGUUCUUCCAUCUUUUGCCCAACGGACAAGAGAAUAUCGGACAAUUUCAUCUUGAAUUUUUCAAUACGCGCGAUGCCGAGAACGUGAUGACAACUCUGAAUAAGACCUCUGUUGAUGACUGCGUUCUCGAAGUUUCGUAUUUCAAGCCGGACACAGAGGGCUCUGCUUUUCUUUCUGCCGUGUCAAGCCCAUCUCCUGGGAGGGAUAACAUCUCCAGAAGUGAGAUAUCGUCUAACAAAAAUGCAUCUUGGACUCCAAGUCGACCAAAUCGAACACCUUACAUGGAGCUUAGCCCAACGGGUCGCUCUACUGUACCCCCAGGUGAGCAUGCCGAUCUUAUGGAUUGGAUGUCCAGGGCAGGGGAAAACGUCAUGCCUUCACCCCGCCGUGAGAUGAGCCAAUACUCUGAUCUACGUGUGGGCAACCAAAAUGCUGUAGAUACAGAACGCAUCCGUCUUGGUCUGGAUGUCCGAACUACAAUCAUGCUCCGCAAUAUCCCGAACAAGAUUGACCAGACUAUGUUGAAGACCAUUGUUGACGAGACAAGUCACGGAAAGUAUGAUUUUAUGUACCUACGAAUCGAUUUCGCGAACAACUGCAAUGUUGGCUAUGCUUUCAUAAACUUCGAAGACCCAAUCGACAUUAUUGAUUUUGUUAAUGUUCGAGCGGGGCGCACCUGGAACUGCUUCAACAGUGACAAAGUAGCUGAAGUAUCAUAUGCAACCAUACAAGGUAAAGAUUGCCUGGUGCAAAAGUUUCGAAAUAGUUCGGUGAUGUUGGAGCAUCCAUCUUUCCGCCCGAAAAUUUUCCAUACUGGUACCGGAUCUCUGGCUGGCACCGAGGAUCGUUUCCCAGGGCCCGACAACCCUUCGAAGAUGCGUCGCAGUAUUGAAAAUGCUGAGCAUGUUGGUUUAUUUGCUCCGCGAGUUGGACAGCAAUAUCGUGAUGAGCAGCGCCGCCGUCGCUCACAAUAUGAUCGCGGUACUACUGCUGCCGAAAGGGAAAUUGUGUACGUCCGAACUCUUGCUCCCAAGCACACGUCUGGUCUGAAUAGUGGCCUAAGAAGUGCCCCCUGCACUUACCCUGGAAUGAAAAUAUGGUAUGAUCCUAUUGCCGAGCGCGGCCCAAGGACCUCCUGACUUGCUGUAUGACAUCAAAUCGCUCUCUUCACGACGAAUCGCUCGUGGCAAAAGAAAAGGGGGGGGAGAAGA